AUGGCCCUGCUUGGCAUCUCGCUCAUUGUCGCGUCCGUCGUCUUCGUCAUCCUGCGCCCGCCGCCGUGGCUGUGGUUGCCAUGGCAGAGCGUUGGGAAGCCCGCCGCCAUCACCGACGGCAGGGAGACAAAGGCAUCGUCAAGUCGAGAUCGGGAUGAUGGGCAGCAUCGACUCGAGCCGGCGCCGAAAAUCGCCAUCGAACCGUCAGACCAUGUUGAACUGAGGGGGUCAUCAACAACGACCUCGGCGGAACGAAGCUCUUCGACUCUGCGGCAGCGGAAGCCCGACGAUGGCGCCCCUAAUUCGCUUCCAACGAUUGUCCCUCCAGCCAUCCAAGAGCCGGAAUCUCCAACCACGCCCAAGGCUCACGCCGAAACUCCGGCCCUGCCCGUCCCUAGCCUCUCCCUCGCCGAGCCUACAACCUCUAACAACAUGAUGCCUCCGCCGCCUCUCCCUUCAGCCCGUCCCAACGGCCGCAUUCCCUCCCUCAACCAGUUCCCGGCUCCCAACUCGGCGCAGCGUGCCCGCGGCCCGGCUCCCAAUCGAGGUCCUUCGGCAUCUUCCUCCGGCCUCGCCCCUCCUCCGACGCUCUCCGCCAAACCCUCCAAGCCCAGUCGCCAAGUCGUCCUAACGCCGGGCCACUCUCCGCUGGACUGGGCCAGGAUAUCUGGUCCUAGUGCCGACCUGCGCGGCGUGGCGUCUUCGACUCCCUAUUUGCGCGUGACGCCUUCGAUGCUCAAGGUGCAGACGGGGCGCAAGGGCAAGGAUGCGUGGAUGGCCAUCAACGGCAAAGUGUACAACGUCACGCCGUAUGCAAAGUUUCACCCUGGAGGCGUGCCCGAGCUGAUGAGGGGCGCGGGACGGGAUGGCACCAAGUUGUUUGGGGAGAUUCAUCCAUGGGUCAACUACGAGACGAUGCUGGCGGCGUGUCUCGUGGGACUGCUGGUUGACGAGACAGACGGCAAGGAGAAUGAAAUGGACAAGAUGGAUUAG